UCUUUGUAACCUGUCCAGAGAAGAGAAGACUUUAUAAAAACGAAAGAAACCCAAAAAGCAGCGGCUAACCGACGGUCCACAUAGUGAACAGUGACAGCGGGGGGAAAACACGAUGCCGGAGCCGCGGUUUUAAACCCGGCCGACUGUUUUCCACUUUAUUUCCUGAAAUAUUUCUAUGUGUGGGUAUGUUUGGUUGUCUCUCGGUGGUAUUAGACCACAUAUGCCAGUUAGUUAGCUCAGCGAGUUCGCCCUGUUCUUGAGGCGGUUGUGUUAGGAAGCUGAAGUCGGCUUCUCGUUCGAAUGUUCCCGUUCCACCUUAAAUGGUGCAGCAGUUCCAUUCAGGCGCCUCAGGCCAAACCAGAACCACGAACCGUCGCUGCAGCCGUUUAAGGUGGAACGGGAAAAUUCGAACAAGAAGCUGGCGAAUAGGAAGCUGAUUCAGCCGCAUGUCGUGUUUAUGUUUAUGGCUCGGUGAACGCUGUGUCCUCAUAAACGGGAUCGCAUCUGCAAUUUGCUUUUCCUUCGUCCACCGUGUUGUUUUGCUUUGGGGGUCUUGGAGGUAGGUGGACUCAUCUCGGUUGUUAUACGAGACGAGUCCUGUCAAAACGACCUCCUACAGUGAAAGCCCUCUUUUAAAACACCUUCUUAUUCAGCUGUGAGUUUGCUGUAGUCAGGGAGGGCUUCUCGUUCGUCAAACCGGGGUCCAGAGAGCUGCAUACACGCUUAGAUAGUGAGGUUGUCCGUCUGUGUGGGAUGUUGAGGGGGAAUUUAUGGCGGGUCGAUUGAAUCCAGGCCAGCAUGAUGUGGUAUUCGUGAUGAUGGUCCCACAAGGUCAGGGGGGGUAUGAUAGACUACCCGGUUAGCCCUUUACCUCCCUAACGUGGUCUCACGUCGUGUACGUGUGCACAGAAUAGCGCUUAAAGCGGUAUUUAUUAGACGCAGUUUCGCUGGAUAGUCUGCUACAGUUGAGCAGCCCCUUUAAUCCCUACCCACAAUGCACCGAGGCGGUAGCUUCCCUCCGUUGGAGUUGUUGUGUGGCACUGCAAUGCUUUGUUGGCUCGUUUUCUUAAAGUGAAAUGUUUUUUUUUGGACAACUUGCUUUGCACUCGGAGGGACGAGACGAUGGAGUUACUGAGGUGUGAAUCAAGGCUGUGAUAACUAAGGAGCCGCAGCACAUUUACCUCACGGUUUCUGCCAGAAGACCACUGAAGAGCAGUCCUAAUGGAGGACACAGAAACUGAGCGGACUUCAUCUGAGCCAGACGCUCUUGGGGCGGACUUCAUCACAGUGGAACUUGACACCCAGCCCAUUGAGUAUGUGGUCAAAUGGGCUGAGGUUGGUUCUAAAUUCACUAUAUCCUGCGUGAAGAAGGAAUCGGACGAGAACGCUUGCUUUACGCCAGAGCAGCUGGUCAAAACUGAGCCGGACGAGAGGUUCUUUGUUCCGUACGAGGCAGUGUACACGGAAUGUGAGGACACGGAUCCGAGCAUGAUCGCCUCACAGGAGGUGGUAAGGAGCGAUUCGGACGUGGACCAGCACAUGGAGCUGGUGAGCGGAAACCUGGAGGAGGAGGAUGACGACGAUAAUGAGGAGGAGGAUGAGGGCUCUGAUGGUGACUGGGAGGAAGAGGGCUCUCACUCUAGAGACAGACGUUACAACUGCCACUUCUGUGGCAAGAGCUACAGCCAUUCCUCCAGCCUGGCGCGCCACUUGCACAUGCACACUGCAGGGGACCAUUCUUCCUCUCCUCCUAAAGCAAGGUCGGGGGAAAACCAAAAGUUCCUCCAGUGCAAUGUGUGUGGGGUGCGGUGCAAUGGCAGACGGCUUCUUGCAAUACACAAGAAAUGCCACAAAACCAAGAGACUGCACACGUGCAACACAUGCGGCAAGACCUUCAAUCACAGCUCCAGCCUGUCACGGCACAGGCUGAUCCAUAAAAGAGGCCUGGACAAGAAGUUGAAGCCACUGUACCCGGCACCCACCCCGGCACCCAUAGUGACAGUGACCCAGCGCAGACGGGGCCCCAAGAAAAAGAAGCCGCUGUCGGUGGAGGGCAAGUUUGCGAUGGCUGAGCGGGAGAAGCAGUACCAGUGCACGCAGUGCGACAUGGUCUUCACCAACUCUACCAGCCUCUCCAAGCACCAAGUAUCCCACGUACGGCAGCUGCUCAACUCCUACGCCCAGGGCAACGACGCCCUGGACAAGUCCUCGGACCUGAAGAUCCGCCUAAAGCUCUGCUCCCGGGACAAGCCCAACUACUACACGCUCUGCAAGAAGAACAAGCGUGGCAAAGGAGGCCGGAAGAGGCUGCAGCUGCCGCCUGACGACGAGUGCGACGGCCACUUCAGCCACACCGGCAGCUUCAGCCCACACGAUCGCACGCAUGGCAGUGAGAAGCGCUACGGCUGCAACGCCUGCAAGAAGACAUUCGUCCGCCUGUCCAACCUGAAGCAGCACCAGCAGACGCACGCCAUGGGCAAACUGUACGAGUGCCAGCACUGCGGCAAGACGUUCGUCCACUCGUCCAGCUUCUCGCGCCACAAGAAGGUCCACGCGGGCCUCAAGCAGGUGCCCAAACAAUGCAAUCAGAGCCUGAUGGUCGAUGAGACGGCCCCGUUGGAGUCCGAGUCCGAGUGAGAAGACGGUUUCCAGAACUGUCCUGACACAGCUGUUGGAUAGAAGGCCUCUUUGUUUUAGUUGCAUUUGUUUUGUUUUUUUUGUUUUUUGUUUUUUUGCUUUUUGCACCAGUUUCUUAUUUUGUCAAAGGACAGAUAGAUUUGGCAUUGCUCUCAUUGUGAAGUGAGUUUGAUGUCAUUGGUUUUGUGUUGUCAGCAAUAGGCUUUGAUGUUGUUGUUGUUGUUAUUAUUGUUGUUAUUUUUAUUUUCGCUUGAUUUUCUUUGCUUGGGGCAUCACUAGAGGAUGUGCUGACCGUCUUUUGGCAAUGUAAGUAAAAGAUUUGUACAUUUUUGUUAACAUUCCCAUUUUUUGGUCACGGUUAGGGAUAAUUAAUUUAAUGGCAGGGUAAUGAUUAUUUUUUGUAGUGUUAUUUAUCUUUACUUUUAUUUGUAAACAAAAGAAAUUGACAUAGGCAGUGCAGGUAUUUUUUGGAUCCUUGCACCAAAUACCCUUGGCACUGAAAACAAAGUGAAGUACUUAUUUAAAAAAUAAAGGCUGGGGAGAAAAAUCCAGGAUAAACAUAGUAAAAAAGUAGUUUCAAUUCAGCCUCCAUGUUAGUGGGCAGCUAGCAAUGUGUCUGUUUGGCAGUGCUGAUCUUUAAAAGAACUGCAGCUAUUCGUAUAGUGUGGGCUGAUGCCUAGCAUGUCCUAUACAGAGAAUAUUUAACAAUGUGACCAUUUAUUUAUUUCAUUUUUUUUUGUUUUGUUUUGUUUUUUUUUAGCAAAGAUCCCACCUUUCCCUCCGCCUUUGACUUAAACUAACAAUUACAACUAAUGACCCUGUAUUUCUCACUUUAUUAUUGUCAAAGGUUUUUAUUUAUAAAAGGUUAUAAAAAAGAACAAACUACACACACACGCACCCCAACACAAUGACUUGUAAUUGUUGGUUUAAGUUUAAAUGUUGGUUAAAUGACCUUUUUGGCAAAUUCGUUGUGUUUUUUUGAGAAUUGGUGUCUUCACUAAUUGUGAAUAGGUUUGUUUGCUCUGCACACUCCUUUUGGUUUGUUUUUUUUUGUUCGUACUGUUCUUCUGUCAUCUGAUAAUUAAAGAGCAAAAGAUUUGAAAGGUUACUUGUCAGUUUGUCAACAAACGAGAUCCAUAAGCGUUAUUACAGCACUGCAAAUUGCAGAUCGGACAUCAAUAUGUGUGAUACUGAAUGCG